CGGCCAGCGUGAAGAACUCGCAGUACAGGUUCAUCAUCGACCCGGAUGGUGUUUGGGUUGUGGUUUUCUGUAACGGAGCCGGCGUUGCGCUUUUUCGCCGCAGUUGGAUUAAUCACUUCUGCAAGGGGCGUAGAUACAUCUGCGCCCGUGACCGGGUGUUAGGUCUACGGCUCCCCGGCUGUGCUUUUGUUGCUGCGUACGGGCCGGCUGACGGGGGGAAGUUCGGGACCGGGCUCACCGUUGAAUGGGAGAAGUUCAAGCUGAAUUUUUGCGCGGUGGUCAGCAGUGUUCGUGAGCGGCCUCUAGAUGAUAAAACAGCAACUGGGCUCACCACAGACAUGCGGGUGCCGGUUUUUUCAGCUUGUGACAAUGUUGGGGUUGUCGG